GAAAUAAGCAGUCGGAAACUGUUCUAAAUUAGUAAGUAAAUAUAAACAAGAACAAGUCGUAUUUUGAAUGAAAUUACACGUGUAUGGUAUAAUAUUAGUUGCAAAUCUUUACCAUUAUAAUUUUAAAUUAUGAGUAAAAAGGAAGCGCAUCGACCAGGGCCUUUCAAGCAGAUAAAUAAACCACAUAAAAUUGAGCAAGGGAAAUCUAAAAGGCGACUUAAAGGCAAAACUGAUGUUAAAGCUCAAAGUAUUCGAAGGAAACAUUUAUUAAGCAAAGAAGAAAGAAAGAACCAGCUUAAUCAAAUUCGUAAAGCUAAGAAGGAAGAAGUUCUGAAAAUGAAAAGACGUGUUGGUCUUGCUCAAACUCCUCCAAUAGCUGUAAUGAUUAUGGCUUUAGAUGAUGCUAUAAAUGCAGAAGAAUUUCUAGAUGAAAUAAAAUCCUGUGAUGAUGAGUUAGAAGUAAAGUACAGUUCACUUGGCAAUUGUCACAUAAGUUCUUCCCGUUUGAAACAGAGGUUUACAUUUGUAGUACCAAGAAAGACAGACAUACAUUCAAUUAUGGAUGCAGCUAAGGUUUCUGAAAUACUAUUGCUUCUUCAUUCAACUGAAGUUCCUGAUCAAUAUACUGAGAUGCUUUUAUCUGUCCUUAUUGCCCAUGCAUUACCAACAACAAUUCAUGCUGUAUUGGGAUUAGAUAAGCUAAAUCCAAAAAAGAAGGCUGAUUGCAAAAAACAUCUAUUAAAAAAUAUUGAGACAAAAUUUCCUGAAGCCAAACUGCACCAGUCAGAUACCAAGCAGGAAUUACAAUUGCUGCUUCGUCAGAUAGGUAGUCAAAAGCAAAGGCCAAUAACAUUUCGAGAUGCACGAUUUCAUAUGCUUGCUGAAGAUGCUGAACUAAUUAAUGUAGAUAUGGUUUCUGGAAAAGGUACCCUAAAAGUUUCUGGUUAUAUAAGAGGCCAACCUUUAAAUGUGAACAGUCUUGUACACAUUCCUGGUUGGGGUACCUUUCAAAUGAGUCAGGUUACAUCAUUUGCUGAUCCCUUUGAAAGUGAGAAGAAAAAAAAGAAUUUGCAAUGGUCAAUAACUGAAGAACCUGAUCAACUUAAGCAAGAAUCUUUGCAGUCUGAGGUAGAACCAGAUCCUAUGGAAGGAGAACAGACUUGGCCUACUCAGGAAGAGUUAGCUGCUGCUGAAAUGCAGCCUAAAAGGACUGUGAAAAAAGUGGCUGAAGGUACAAGUGAAUAUCAGGCAUCCUGGAUUAUUGAGAGUGAAAAUGAAGACAGUGAAAAUAGUGGUGAUGAAAGUGAUAUGGAAGAUGCAGAACCCAACGAAAGCUUUGAAAAUUGUGAAUUAGAAAACACAGAUAUGGAUCAAGAUAUGGGUGAUACUGAAUCUAUAGCAAGCAUGAAGGAUGAAAAUUAUGAUAAAAAUAUGGAUCUAGAUGAAGAGAAAAAAAUGUUAGUUAGGUUUAAAGAAGAGAGGGAAAAUGAAAUGUUUCCUGAUGAACAAGAUACUCCAAUCGAUGUCAGUGCUAGAAUUAGAUAUCAAAGGUAUCGUGGGUUAAAAAGUUUCAAUACUUCUCCUUGGGAUCCUAUGGAAAACUUACCUCAUGAUUAUGCAAAAAUAUAUAGGUUUGAACAUUUUAGACAGACCAAAAAGAAAGUGUUAAAUUCUGAAAAGGAAGGCUUGUGGUCUGAAACAUAUGCUACUCUCUUCAUCAAAGAUGUUCCACAAUCCUUAUAUGAAGCAUUUGAAAAAGACCAUUCCAUUCUUAUUGUUUAUGGGCUUCUACCACACGAACAAAAAAUGUCAGUUAUAAAUACAGUGAUUCGUAAGCAUCCCUCUUGUAAAUCUUCUAUCAAAUCAAAGGAUGAACUAAUAUUUCAUAUUGGUUUUACUCGUUUCACAUGUAAACCCAUAUUUUCUGAACACAAGACUGGUAACAAAUUUAAAUAUGAGCGGUAUCUCCCACCUGAAGGUGCAGUUGUAGCCUCAUUUUAUGCACCUGUUCUAUUCCCUCAAGCCUCUGUUACAGUUUUCAGACAACGGAAAGAUGGGUCUCUGGAGUUAGUAGCUACUGGAAAUAUGCUAAAUGUAGAUCCUAAUAGGAUUGUUGUUAAAAGAGUUGUACUUAGUGGGCAUCCAUUUAAAAUUUUUAAAAGGUCUGCUGUUGUCAGAUACAUGUUCUUCAAUAAAGAUGAUAUAAAUUGGUUCAAAUGUGUAGAAUUGUACACCAAGUGCGGAAGACGGGGCCAUAUCCGAGAGUCAUUAGGUUCUCAUGGGCAUAUGAAAUGUGUGUUUGAUCAACAACUACAAUCACAUGAUGUGGUUUUAAUGUCUCUGUAUAAACGUGUGUUUCCAAAAUGGACUUAUCAAGUUUACAAUUCAAAUGAAGAGAAUUUAAAUGUUGAUUCUGAAUCUAUGACAACAGAAAACAUAUGUGAUACGUAAUUACAACUAGAAAUAAAUAUAAUUUUAUUCUA